AGGGGAACGGGACACUUGUCCUCUUCAACUGUCUACUCUUACAAACAACCAGGGGCUCCGCCUGUUCCUCUUCUCUCCCAGCAGGGAGAACCUCACCGCGGUUGCCGAGAGAGGCCCAGAAGGAGCUGGUUCUCAGGAGGUCCCUCUGGACUGGGGAUCUUCUCCAGGAUGAGAUCCUCUUCAGGUUCAGCCCACCUCAGAACGACUGGGUUUCCCUGAGCUCGGGCCGUCGGGGAGGCUGAGCAGAGGCCGAGGAGACAAAUUAGGACUGUGGUUUUGGCUGCGCAAAGGCCGGGGCUAGGGAAGGGGCAUCCCUGUUUCCGGAGCAACAGCUUCAUUUGCAUGUGGGUUGGUGGGGCAGGGGGUGGGUUAAGAGGAGCCGACCCAGAGCUGCGCGUUACCCAGAGCUAGUAGCCCGGGGUCCCUGGGAGCUCCAGACAGAACCUGGACACCCGGAUUACGGGUGUCUCCUUAGGCCGUGGGGAUGCGGGCUGCUGCCGGAAUCUGGCUGCCCCUCGUACCGCUGUAUCUGCUCCUGCUGCUUCCGAGCUCUGAGGGCCAGAAUCCCAAGGACUGCAACGUGGACUUGCGCGACGAGAUCUGCAAUUGUAGCCUGGCCGCCGACUACCUUCACUGCGAGAACCUGGUCUGCAGAAACCUCGGGGGCAAUGAGUCGAACGUCAUCCAGUACCAUGAGGAGAGCUGCAGGGACUUGGGCUCCGGGGUCCCACUGGGCUCCAGGGCCCUGGGCGCCGGGGCCGUCGUAGGCAUCGUCCUGGGGCUGCUGAUGCUGUUAGUGGGAGUCGUCGUGGGGACCGUCCUAGGGAUCCGCAGGAAACGGUGGUGGGAAGCCUCGGAGUCUUGUCCCGGGAAGCCUUCGGAGAGCAACGGCAGUCCGGCCGCGGCCUGGCAGCCCCGUUACAGCAGUCGGAGCUGCAGUUCCGAGCCCUUCCCUGCGGCCACUUCCCCCACCCACUCGGCAGCCCCAGGCCCAAGCAGUCCCGGGACUCCGCUCUAUCAGAACUUGUUUCUGGGCUCCCAGCCCAGUCACCAGAGCCCGAAUUCCACGGAGAGCGGGACUUUGCCAGAGUCGGAAGACCUCUACAUGAACUAUGAGGACAGCCCCAGGUCUGAGCAGCCCAUCUAUGGCAACGUGGAUAGCCUGAGCUGCGCCCCAGACUUCUCAGAACCCCCUCAUCCUGGGGAGGAGGACGAGGAUGACUAUGUGGUGCCAGGGUGCUGAACGCAUCACACUGGGAAGCCGCCUGCACCCAGGGCCAGCCCUGGGUCCUAUCCGACUUUAUGCAAAUGAGCCAGCAAGGACUCCGGGAGAGAGUUUGGGGGAGCCUCGAAACUGUAAUAAAGAAACUCCAUAUCUGUUGCACUGUUUCACCCCACCUCACCUCCCUUCCCUUCUUUCUUUGUCCAGGGUCCAAUCUGGUCACCUGAGCUGUUCUGGCCCCCUUCCUACUGCAGAGAAGAGCUGACCAAACCGGAAGCCACCCCUCCCCCUUUGCGCUUGGGUUCCAAAAAGGGAAAGAGAGUGGAGAGUAGAGCUGUGGGCAGCUAGCGGCACUCAGUGGGCUGGUUGUGGGGGCGGGGACUGGUGCUUCCUUGCUGGAGGCAGGCCUUUGGGCCCCAUCUCCCGGGGUGGGGAGGGGGGGAGGGGAAUGUAAGACCAGUGGGGAGAAGGGCACUCCUGGGGCACCUGGGGGUUCAAUUCAAUAUAAUUCAUCAAACCAAAUACCUACUAUGCUCCAGGACUUUGCUCGAGGCUAGCCACAGGACAAAAAGAGAAAGAGAAAGAAAUAGCCCCAGCUUUGAAGGUGCAGAUUAGGUGCAGGAUUAAGAAAAUACUUCUAUUCAAAUUGUUUGGGGACAGAGGAAAAGCAGGCCCCAUGGGUAAUCUGGGGACCAUUUCCUAUGGGACCUGCCACUUAAAUUUUGAUGGAGGUGGAGGAUUCUGGGAAGUGUGUGAGUGGGAUCAGUCAGUCAGUCAACAAAUAUUUAGUUUACACCCAGUGAGUCCACUGAGCCAUCUCACUGCCCCUAGAACAGGGGUUCUUAAGUAUUGUCUUUUAUGCCAACCUUCCUGGCAGUUUGAUGAAGCCUAUAGAUGCUUUUGUCGGUCUAAUAAAGCCUUCUCAGAAGAAUGAUUUUUUUAAAUGCACAAAAUAAAAUAUAUUGGAUUAUAAAAGGAAACUGAAGUCUAGUUGUCAAUAUAAAAUAAAACAAAGUUCACAGUUUAGAAA